AUGGCAACCCCUCGCGUUCUGGUCAUUGCCGGCUCUGAUAGCUCGGGAGGAGCCGGGCUCGAAGCCGAUCAGAAAGUCCUUGCAGCUCAUGGCUGCUAUGCAAUGACAGCCACCACGGCCCUGACCGCUCAAAACACCCGCGGAGUGGAAGACGUCCACAUCACCCCCCCGGCCUUUGUUGGGAAGCAGAUUGAUGCUUGCCUGACAGAUAUCGAGUGCGAUGUUGUUAAAAUCGGUAUGCUUGCGUCGGCGGAAACGAUUAGAGUUGUUGUGGACGCCCUGCAAAAGCACAAGGUCGCUACCAUAAUCGUCGAUCCGGUCAUGGUAUCCACCAGCGGUGCACAACUCCUCCCGGGCGACGCCGUCCGAAAUCUUCGUGAUCUUCUUUUGCCCAUGACCACGCUCCUAACGCCCAACAUCCCCGAAACGGCCCUCCUGCUUCGUGACGCAGAUAUCCAAUAUAAAUCCCCGUCUGGAAUCGACGACUUAAAGGUGCUCACCAAGAUGGUCUACGAAUUAGGUCCGGGCGCUGUACUCCUGAAGGGAGGCCACAUGCCCCUGACCGCAGAGUACGUCAAGGCCACCACGGACGAAGAAAGGUGCCUCACCGUCGACAUCCUCUAUGACGGCCAAGAUUACAAAGUCAUCGAAUCGAAAUACCUCCGGUCUAAAAAUACCCACGGAACAGGCUGUUCGCUCGCAAGCGCAAUCGCCUCGAACCUGGCGUCGCGAAAAUCCAAAUCCCAGACCGAAUCCCUCUCCAUUGCCACCGAGCUCGCGGUCCGCUACGUGUCCACGGGCAUUCUCAGUUCAGAUGGCACGCUCGGUCACGGCUCCGGGCCCAUCAACCACUUCCACAACGUCCAAGUCCUGCCCUUCUCCCAAGGCCACUUCAUAUCAUACUUGCUCUCUCACCCAUUCGUCGCACCUGUCUGGGAGAAAUACACCCACCACCCCUUCGCCGAGCAGAUGGCGCGUGGCACCCUUCCCGAGCCGCUCUUCAAAAACUACCUGGUGCAGGACUACUUGUACCUGACGCACUUCGCACGUACACACGCACUGGCAGCGUAUAAAUCCCGCACGAUGGCCGCGGUCUCGGCCUCGGCAAAUAUCAUCCUGCACAUCGAGCGCGAGAUGGCCUUGCAUCUAUCCUAUUGCGCCGACUUCGGCAUUUCCAAAGCAGCCCUCGAGCAUCCGUCCCGGAAAGAGUCGUUAGCUUGCGUUGCGUAUUCCCGAUACGUGCUCGACGUCGGACAGAGCGAGGACUGGCUUGCUAUCCAAAUGGCUCUUGCUCCGUGUUUGAUCGGCUAUGGCCAGACGGCUGCUCGGCUUUACAAGGAUAAGGAGAGCAAAACUACAGCCCAAGGAAAUCGGUAUUGGCGCUGGGUCGAGAAUUAUGUUGCAGACGAUUACCAGGAAGCUGUUCGGGUUGGACGUGGUGAGUUCUUGUCUUCCGCCUCGCUCUCACAUCGGGGAUUGCCAUGUCUGACGGAAACCAAAUCAAUUCUCUUUGCAGAUCUCAUCGAAUCCCACAUAACGAAACAAUCACCCUCACGCAUCGAUGAGUUGAUGGCCAUUUUCGUUCGCGCCGCCGAGAUGGAAGUCCGAUUCUGGGACUUUGACGCUCACCCGGAUGAGUGA